AUGGCCUGCUGCACAACUAGCUUCUGCGGAUUUCCCAGCUGUUCUACCGGUGGGACCUGUGGCUCCAGCUGCUCCCAGCCCAGCUGCUGCCCCACCAGCUGCUGCCAGCCCAGCUGCUGCCCCACCAGCUGCUGCCAGCCCACCUGCUGCCUCACCAGCUGUGGUGGCUCUGGCUGUGGCUCUGGCUGUGGCUCCGGCUGCGGCAUUGGCGGUGGCCUGGGAGGUGGCUCUGGGGCUGUGAGCUGCCGUGUCAGGUGGUGCCGCCCUGACUGCCGCGUGGAGGACACCUGCCUGCCCCCCUGCUGUGUGGUGAGCUGUACCCCCCCAAGCUGCUGCCAGCUGCACCACGCCCAGGCCUCCUGCUGCCGCCCCUCCUACUGUGGACAGUCCUGCUGCCGCCCAGCCUGCUGCUGCCACUGCUGCCAGCCCACUGGCUGCCAGAUCACUUGCUGUGAGCCCACCUGCUGA